UAUGUCGACUUCAAGUUCAGCUCUUCAACCCUUCGAUUGGACCUCCUUGGUCGACCUCUUCUGCGUUCGUUUUCACGGAGAGGGAGACCGAGUCGUAACUUUUGGUUAAUUGGACUGACGGGAGCCAUCACUUCGGGGAAGUCCACCAUUGCAAAGUACCUAGCGGAGUGCGGUGGUAAUCGAAUGUGUCUUCUGGACGCUGACGCAAUCUGCCGCAGGGCUUAUGAGUGA